GAAUUUUGAGACAAUUUAAAAGGGGCAAAGGAAAAAUCUUCUGUUUCUUCUUUCCCUUCCCUUCAUUCUCAGCCUGAUAGUUCAGUUCUGUUCUGUUCUCUUCUGUUCAUAUUCUUCUUUGAAAUCCUUCAGAUUUAUGAAGAUGGCUUUUUUAGGGACGACCCAAAAGUGCAAAGCUUGUGACAAGACUGUUUAUUUGGUUGAUCAGCUCACUGCUGAUAACAAAGUUUACCAUAAGGCUUGUUUCAGAUGCCACCAUUGCAAGAGCACUCUAAAGUUGUUCAAUUACUCCUCCUUUGAGGGUGUAUUGUAUUGCAAACCUCACUUUGAUCAGUUGUUCAAGAUGACUGGAAGCUUGGAAAAAAGUUUUGAAGGUACUCCAAGAACCCUGAGAACAGACAGAUCUACCAAUCAGGUACAAUCCAACAGCAAAGUGUCAAGUUUAUUUGCUGGAACUCAAGAUAAAUGUGUUACUUGCAAGAAAACUGUUUAUCCAAUUGAGAAGGUGGCAGUAGAUAGUAAAUCAUACCACAGAGCUUGCUUCAGGUGCUCACAUGGAGGAUGUGUGAUUAGCCCGUCAAACUACAUAGCACAUGAACAUCGACUCUACUGUAGGCAUCAUCACAACCAACUCUUCAAACAGAAGGGAAAUUUCAGCCAACUUGACAAGCAUGAAGAGAUUAAAGGAAGUGACUAAGAACACACCAGUUGAAAGAAACUCGCUCUCGAAUGCAACUGUCGUAUCGUGCUCGAGGAGGCGAUCAAGUUACAAUUUUCUUCAAUACUUACGGAUUCGGGUUUGCUAUUUUACCGAGUGUAUUAUAAGAGAAAUUUGAGCUUCAAUAAACUUUUUGAGUGUGAGCUGAAAACCUUACAUAAGCACUGCAGAGAUAUGAGAUGCAUUGUGAUUGUAUUAAAUUGAUCAGACUAUAAGCUGUUCUCAUCUUUUCAUUAAUGAGUUCUUUUUUGUUAGAGAC